GACGUCCGACCAAAUGCGCUCAAUAAUUAUUACUAAUAUUCGUCGAUAAGUUUUCGUUUUGAAUCUACAGACUUUAUAAUAAUUUCAGAAUCGUCACGCUUUUACUCCGAAUUCAGUCAUUCGAAGAAGUGCACACACRUAGUCACAGAGAAUUUAUAAACGGUAGUUUAAGACACAUUUAUACUUGAAUGAGAAAAUGACAUUCUUUUACAAGGGACAUGAAGAAAAGAUACCAGAAAUAAAAUGCUGGUAUCCAAGAACAAUAGUUUACGAUCCAAUAAAAGCUGGCAGUAUUGAUGGCACUGAUAAUGAACCACAUGAUGCUGGAAUUAUUAGAGCCUUAAAUUCUGAGUAUAAAACGUCCUACAAGGCUAAAGGAAAUCCCUUAAAUACAAUAUUUGUAGGCAGACUAAGCUUGGAUACAACAGAGAAAGAUUUAGAAAAUGUAAAAUAAUAUUAUUAUUCUGAAAUUAUAACUAAUAAAUAAGUAGAUUGAUUUUGUAUUAUUUUAUGACCAAAUUGAUUAUAACAGGUCAAURGAAAUAAACUAAAAUAUG